CGUUAACUGGCUUCACAUCUACAUGACACAAGAGAACACCGAGGAUAUAGAGAAUAGCUGAUUUUAUGCAGAUGAUUUUUGAUUUUCUCCAAACUUUAAAACUUUUUUACCAUGAGGUAACUGACUCUGAAUUGCUGACAGUGGAGCAGGAAACAAACUCUAAAGAUUCUAUUGAGAGUGCAACUUGGUGAACUUUACAGCCAGACUUUUUUGACAGUCAUUUACAGAGUAUAAUGAAUUGGAUAUUGUUUUGCUGCUGCAUUCUUACCAGAUGUCGAAAUGUGGAGGCACAAUGGUGGUGGUGGUGGGGAGACACAAAAACCACUGUUCCCCCUACAGACAAUCUGCCAAAUAUAUCAAUAGGAUUCUUGGCUACUACAAAUUUAAACAACCAGGCAAACAAAGAGAUUCCCUUUACUGUUGCAACAAAUAUUCCGGACACCUACCUGGUAACUGCAGAGAGUCCUACAACUGGGUACCUGCAGAAAGGAUCACCUUCUUCUAUUGCAGACAAGUCUGGUAGAGUGAGUAAGGGGAAGAAAAGGAAAUACACUCCUAGAAAAACAGAUCGGGGCAGCAGAGGACAUCUUGAUCUCCUAGAGUUAAUUGGAGUGCCUCUGCCUCCUUCCGUGUCUUUUAUCACUGGAUAUGAAGGGUUUCCAGCUUACAGUUUUGGCCCAGAUUCUAACAUUGGCCGCCUUACACGCACAUUCAUUCCACAGCCAUUUUUUCGAGAUUUUGCCAUUAUUGCUACUUUAAAGCCUAACAGUAACCAUGGAGGUGUUUUGUUUGCUAUAACUGAUGCCUUCCAGAAGAUCAUUUAUUUGGGACUUAGGCUAUCAUCAGUGGAAGAUGGUACACAAAGGAUAAAUAUAUACUACACAGAACCAGGUUCCCAUAUUUCCAAAGAGGCCGCGUCCUUUAAAGUGCCAGUAAUGACAAACAAAUGGAAUCGUUUUACAGUAACUGUGGUGGGAUAUGAGAUGGUUCUUUAUAUGGAUUGUGAGGAGUAUCAAAGAGUCCCAUUCCAAAGGUCAGCAGAGCCAUUGACAUUUGAAGCCAGUUCUGGUAUAUUUGUUGGAAAUGCUGGGGCGACCGGACUAGAGAAAUUCACAGGUUCUAUUCAACAAUUGUCAUUGAAGCCAAACCCAAGAGCAGCUGAGGAUCAGUGUGAAGAUGAUGAUCCCUAUGCCUCUGGAGAAAGCAGUGGGGAUGAGAGCAUAAGGGAACAAAUUGGAGCUUCAGAAACUCAUGAAUCUCUCCCUGGAACACCAGCACCGCCAAAAGCAAUACAUGGACCAGUAAAGGCACCUCCUACGGUUUCAAGCCACAUCGAAGAGAUGGAAUACUCUGGCUCUGCUCAUCCAUUAGAACAAAUGAGUCAUGGAAGUAAUGCAGAAAAGCAGCCAGAAUUAAACAACAAAGAGAAUGCCAUGGAAACGGCAACAGAAGAAGCUUUGUCGCUAAAGACCCUAACACUGGAAACCGGUUCAGGAAGCGAAACAUCAUCUCUAAACCAAUCUAGAGGCUGGGGUCAAAAGGGUCAAAAGGGGGAACCAGGGGAGUUGGGUGCAGUUGGACCACCAGGACCACCAGGAAAAAACGACCAUCAAGCUCAAGCUGGUCUUCCUGGCCCAUCAGGACCAGAUGGGAAAAAAGGAGAACCUGGAGUUCCUGGGAAAGAUGGACUUCCGGGUGAAAGAGGUAUACCUGGAUUACAGGGUAAACCGGGUGCUAAGGGAGAAAAGGGUGAUUCUGGCAUUGGGCUUCAAGGACCUCCUGGUAUUCCUGGACCACCAGGUCCCCCAGGUCCUCCAGGGUUACAGAACACACUUAAACAAUUGAGAGCUGAUGACACUGAAGGUUCUGCAAGCGGAGAUAUUGCUGGAUCAGGUCAAACUUGCUUACCGGGAUUACAAGGGCCAGUUGGGCCACCAGGACCACCAGGGUUACCUGGAAAGCCAGGUUCUGAUGCAGGGAUGGGUCCUCCAGGGAAGGAUGGUAAAGAUGGAGAACCUGGAAUGCCUGGGCCACCCGGCUUACCUGGAUCACCUGGAAAAGAUGGUGUAAUCGGUCUUCCAGGCCAGAAAGGAGUUAAAGGUGAUCAGGGGAAGCCAGGACCAGCUGGACCCAAGGGUGAAUUUGGGCCAAAAGGUUCCCCUGGAGCAGAUGGGAUUCAAGGAAAAGUAGGAAAUCCUGGCGAUAGAGGUCCUCAAGGACCUUCUGGGCCUCCAGGGCCACCAGGACCUCCAGGACCUGCAUAUGGAUUUGGAUUUGAGGAUAUGGAAGGAUCUGGAGAUUUAAAUGCUGCUGGAACUUCAAGCAAACAAGGACUUAAAGGUGAAAAGGGAGCUGCAGGCCCAGCUGGUGUACCAGGAGAAAAGGGGGAACAAGGUCUGCCUGGGAAAGCUGGACAAGAAGGACCUCCUGGAAAUAUGGGGCAAAAAGGAGAAAAGGGUGAUCAAGGACAAAAGGGUGAGAGAGGACAAGAUGGCCAAAGCAUUGUUGGACCACCUGGACCUCCUGGACCCUUAGUGACCCUUCAAGAUUUGCUGCUAAAUGACACAGAGGGAUUGCUAAACAUUUCUGAUUUUGUGGUACGCCCUGGUGUACAAGGACCAAGAGGGCCAAAGGGUGAUAUUGGUGUCUCUGGACUGCAUGGAAAAAAGGGUGAAAAAGGGGAACCAGGUGCCAUCAUAGCAGCUGAUGGUUCUUUAAUAGCUAAAUUGUCAGAAGCACAAGGAGCAAAGGGAGAGCCUGGCAUGAGGGGACCCCCUGGACCAAUGGGCCCAUUAGGACAACCCGGAAUAAAAGGAGAAUUUGGAUUUCCAGGAAGACCAGGUCGGCCAGGACUAAAUGGAAUAAGAGGACAGAAAGGUGACCCGGGUAUUCCAGUGAUGGGUCCUCGAGGACUACCUGGACCACCUGGCCCUCCAGGCCCACCUGGAGCUAUUGUAAACAUCAAAGGAAAUGUUUUCCCAGUACCUCCAAGACCACACUGCAAAGUACCUGUAGAUACAUCAGGAGAAGUGUCUCAAAUGUGUGGUUUUAAGGGAGAAAAAGGAUCAUUUGGUCUGCCAGGGCCAAAAGGAGAUGUUGGACCCCCUGGACCCCCAGGCUAUCCAUUGAAUGCCCAGUAUUUGAACCAUUAUCUUAUUAAGGGGGAAAAGGGAGAAAAAGGUUAUUCCAAUAGUGGUUAUUUCAUGCACGCUCCCCCUGGACCACCAGGCAGACCAGGAGAAAGGGGUCCAAAAGGAGAUACUGUUAUUGGUCCACCAGGUUCACCUGGAGUUCCAGGACUUCCUGGGCCUCCUGGGUAUGGUUUAACUGGCCCACCUGGAAUUCCAGGUCCUCCAGGACCACCAGGGCCACCAUCAAUAUUUGGUUCAGUAGCCAUUCCAGGACCACCAGGGCCACCAGGUCAACCAGGAAUUCCAGCAUCCAGAAAUUUGGCAACUGCAACAAAAAACAUCGAUGAAAUGCUGCAAAGAACACAUUUAGUACCAGAAGGCACCUUGAUUUACCUGACAGAGAGCAGUGAGGUGUAUGUCCGUGUUCGAGCGGGAUGGAGAAAAGUCCAGCUUGGUGACUUGAUUUCCCUUCCUGCUGAUAGCCCGCCACCACCUGCAAUCUCUGGCCAUGGAUAUCAACCUUUUCCAGCCUUGACUCCAGGUCUAAGCACAGACUAUGGCUCACCAAAUCUGCACCUUGUGGCCUUGAACUCUCCCUAUGCUGGUGACGUGCGGGCUGACUUACAGUGCUUUCAGCAGGCUCGAGAAGUUGGUUUGACAUCCACCUACCGAGCUUUUCUCUCUUCACAUCUCCAAGAUCUUCACAGUAUAGUGAGAAGAACAGAUAGAUUCAACCUCCCUAUUGUCAAUUUAAAGGGUGAAGUCCUUUUUGAAAACUGGGAAUCUAUAUUUACUGGAAAUGGAGGGCAUUUUAAUGCUCAAAUUCCGAUCUAUUCUUUUGAUGGAAGAAAUGUUUUGACAGAUUCAACCUGGCCUCAAAAAAUACUGUGGCACGGCUCAAGUCAGAAUGGCAUUCGACUGGUCCACAACUACUGUGAGGCGUGGAGAACAGCAGACAUGGCAGUCAGUGGGCAGGCGUCUUCACUUCGGAGUGGAAAGCUCUUAGAUCAGAAAACAUACAGCUGCUCUAAUAAAUUUAUUGUGCUAUGUAUCGAGAACAGCCAUAAUGUGGAUGUGAGGAAAUAAUAAAUACUAACAGAAGGAAAAAGAAAGAAGAAGACACUGAAAUACCCAAUGUAUAUAUUGAACGUUUUAACAGAUUGCACACUCUUAUAGCCAAAGAAAACAUACCUCAUUUAUUGUAUACAGAAUUGUGGUGGAAAGCAGAUUCCAGUCUGUAUUAUGGUGCUACAUUUACGAAGGAAGCUUAGAGUGAUAGCAGAUCAGGUAAUGGUUUUUUUUUUGCCAUGGGCUGGAAAGCUAUAUAGCCCAAUACACUGCAAUUUAAUUCCUAAGUAUUCAAGUGAGGGUGACGUUUUCUUCCAACAAUGUAUGAAUGUACAAUUAAAAAGAAAGAAGCAUAAAAGAGGGUGCAAAACAAAUUGUUACAAAUACUCAUUGAACUGCAUGUCUUUAGAUUUCAUACCUUCAUCACAAUAUAUAAUACUGGUAAGCCCUACAGUGCACUAUAAAAUACGAGAGUUGGAGUGAGAAGUUUGAGCGUUUACAAAGUUGCUAUGGAACAAAUAAGAAGCUAUCUACAGGAUAAAUAUGCAGUACUAAAGUAUUAACAUGACAGCUAUGGUAAUUUACUUUAUGAUACACAUUUGUGUUGUCAGUUGUUUUGAGUCUUUUUCAUGGAGUUUGGUAUUUUGAAAAGCAAGAAUAAUGCAUUUUACAGCAAUAUUUAUUGCAUCAUAAAUACCAAACCCCUAAGGAGAACCUAACAGACUCAAUUAUGGGAUCUGUUAGUAAAUAAGAUAUUACUAAGCUGUCAUGCAAGGCUCUGUUACAAAUGGAAGCCACAAUGUUAAUGUAAACAAACCUAUUAUGAUAACUAGAGAUGAGGGAACUUACAGUAAAUUCAAUUCGUCACG